AAAAAGCGCUGCUUCAAAUUUAUCAGCACAGCGAGGACAUGGGCAGAGGCAGAGCGCUUCUGUUUACUGCUGGGAGGUAAUCUGGCAUCUGUGCACAGUGUUGAGGAAUAUCACUUCAUUCAAGGGCUAAUAGUGAUGCACACUAAUGGUUCACCUGCCACUUGGAUCGGGGGCUCAGACGCCCAGCAGCGCUUCUGUUUAGUGCUGGGAGGUCAUCUGGCAUCUGUGCACAGUGUUGAGGAAUAUCACUUCAUUCAAGGACUAAUAGUGACACACACUCAUGGUUCACCUGCCACUUGGAUUGGAGGUUCGGACGCUCAGCAGGAAGGAUUCUGGUUUUGGAGUGAUGGCUCUAGAUUUGCAUUCACCUUUUGGCUCCCAGGUGAACCUAAUAACAGCAAUGGUGCUGCUGAGCACUGUCUUCAGAUGAACUGGGGAGGAGCUCUGCGCUGGAACGACGAGCGCUGUUCACUUGUUCUUCCAUCUGUUUGUGCAAGAGGUCUUAUUUCAACAUAAUAUUUUCACUUUAUUUCUCAUGGCAGUUGUAGUCUUUGCCGUUGAUGGAUGGACAUUACCCA